AGAUUAAAGGCGCUGUGGCUACCUGCAAUUUUGUGCUCUAAGUGAUCGAUCAUUUUUCCUUUCAUAAACAUAUCGAAAGGAAUAUUAUUCGGAUACCUUGUGUGUACUGUAUUUUCUUGGGUUUCCCCUGCUGCUCGGAUUUGGCUUCAUCGCUUCACGCUUAGUACUGAUCAAGUUGCGUUUUGGGUGAAAAGAAAAUGUUAUCAGCAUCUUCUGGUAAUUGUGGUGCUUCUGUAACGGUUACUAAAACCGCUGCAGCUAAGAACGCCGUUACGAUUGGUGAUUGCUAUAUGGUGGCGUCGAAUGGCAUCCCAACAACGAGCUGUGGACGAUUUGAAGGUGAUGACGAUGGUGGUGACAAUGAAAGAAGGAGUAGUGGCGUCUGCGAUGCUAAUAAUAGUAUCAUACCUAUGGAGUCUAUCCCGUCAUCAUCCUCAUCAGCAUCGUCAUCAUCUGGACUAGGACCAGCUGGAGUUAUGCCAGUGGAAGGCACUAAUGCCGCAGGUAAAGAAGAUCUGGGACCGGUUUCUAGGGAUCGUUGUAAUACUUGGCCGAUGCGACGAUCACAACUUGACAUAAAUGCCCAAACUAGUCCGCUAAUCCAUGAACAAAUCCCGGAAGAGGAGACUGACUUAUGUGAUAGCGUUGAGAAACUGAGCAAUGGCCGCCUGGAUACUACUUCAACAGCUGCACUAAUGGGUUCACCAGAAAGCGGCUCCUUCUCACCAGGGAUUUCAUCACCAGUACCAUGCGGAGCAAGCUCAGCAGGUCCUGUCGGAGCUUCCGGCACUCCAUCCGACGCAUCCGAUUCGGGUAUUGCUGUAUCUAGUAAGAAAUCGACGACGCGCCGCAAUGCCUGGGGUAAUAUGUCGUAUGCCGAUCUCAUCACACAAGCCAUUGUUAGUUCACCUGAGAAGCGACUAACUCUUUCUCAAGUGUACGAAUGGAUGGUACAGAAUGUUCCAUACUUCAGAGAUAAGGGUGAUUCCAACAGUUCUGCCGGUUGGAAGAAUUCAAUUCGGCAUAACCUUUCUUUACAUAAUCGCUUCAUGCGGAUACAAAAUGAAGGUGCUGGGAAGAGUUCGUGGUGGGUAAUCAAUCCGGAUGCGAAACCAGGUAGGAAUCCGCGAAGACAGCGGUCUGCAACACUGGAGACAACUACCAAAGUAGCAAUGGACAAGAAACGACGAGGUGCCCGUAAGAAGGUGAUGGAAAUGCGCGCAGGUGCUGGGGGUGGUACAUUGCACAGCGCUGGUAACUCGAUUGUUGGUUCACAGGCGUCAGUACUGAGCCGUGAGUUAUAUACAGGUGAAGAGGAUUCAUCGAGUUUUGAACCUUUCCGACCUCGUACCCAAUCGAAUAUUUCAUUGCCUGGUUCAUCAUCACGAAUAUCGCCAUCAAUGAUAGAGAAUUACGAGAACUUCGAUAGUUUCGAUUUUCCACCAUUUGUUGAAGCUGCUAGUGCCAUGCCUCACGAUAUCCUGGACCGCACCAAUGAAAUGAAUUUGAAUCAAAGCGACAGUCCAGCAUUUCACAGGCCUAUGGCUAAUCCAAUGCUGAAUGGGACCAAUGCACCAGCUUCCUCUAACCUGAUGGCGCAUAUUAAAACCGAGCCAUCAUCCAGCAGGGCCGAAAAUAGUGUUCAACCGCCGCCAUCUUACCACGAACUGGAUGUUGUACGAGGUGUUCAAAAUAUCCAGAAUCCGUUGUUGCGAACACAUCUUAUACAGAAUAGGAUACCGAAUCAACAAGGGGUACUAUACAAUGGUAGCUAUUCAGCUGGAAGCGCUAAUGUCGCCUCAUCAAAUUGGAUACACUCAAAUGUAAUCCCUGUUAGUGUCCAUCCUUCAAUAAGCUGCGCUGCACAACAGUCAUUUAGCAGUAACACAGCAGCUUUACCCAUGGAUUUGGAGAAUCUGGCACUUCCUGAUCAACCGCUGAUGGAAGUGGAAAACAUGGAAGCUGUCAUUCGUCAUGAACUAUCUCAAUCUGCUGGUAGUCAGCUGAGUUUCGACAAUAUUUAGGUUUUAAGAGGGCGAAUAGAUGAGGUUCUACGUUUCUGUCGUACCAUUUCGGCGUAAUUAUUUGCGUUCUAGAAUGGUGUUCACUUCGCUAUGUGAAUCAUUUUAAGAAAAAUGUCCUUUUUGAUGACAUCUAUUUAGCCUAAUCGAUUAUGACGAAUAUAUC